CGCGCUUUGUGCGGUGCGCCCGGCGCCGAGCCGCCACGGGCCAAUAAAUAAGUUCGGAGCAGGAGGACGAGCCGUUCUCUCACCGGGACGGAACCUUUCCCAAGCGGGGCAUCCCUCCCUGACGCCCCGGGGCCGACCAAGUCACUCCCUGCUGCAAACUUCCCCGGAUCGUCUCCCGCGCACCAGAGAGAGACGGGCAGAGAUUGGGUCGGGGACUCUCGUCGCGGCAGCAGCAUGUUUCAGCCCACACCCAAGCGGUGUUUCACCAUCGAGUCGCUGGUGGCCAAAGACAGCCCCUUGCCCGCGUCUCGCUCCGAGGAUCCUAUCCGGCCGGCGGCGCUCAGCUAUGCCAAUUCCAGCCCGAUGAACCCUUUUCUCAACGGCUUCCACUCCACUGGCAGGGGGGUCUACUCCAACCCGGACUUGGUCUUUGCAGAGGCCGUCUCGCACCCGCCGAACCCGGCCGUGCCGGUCCAUCCCGUGCCCCCUCCUCACGCCCUGGCCGCCCACCCGCUGCCUGCCUCGCACUCCACGCACCCGCUCUUCGCCUCGCAGCAAAGGGACCCCUCCACCUUCUACCCGUGGCUAAUACACCGCUACCGGUAUCUGGGCCACAGGUUCCAAGGGAAUGAAACCAGCCCGGAGAGCUUCCUAUUGCACAAUGCACUGGCCAGGAAACCCAAACGGAUCCGUACAGCUUUCUCCCCAUCCCAAUUACUGAGACUGGAACAUGCCUUUGAGAAGAACCAUUAUGUAGUAGGAGCGGAGAGAAAGCAGCUGGCACACAGCCUCAGCCUCACGGAAACUCAGGUAAAAGUAUGGUUUCAGAACAGACGGACAAAGUUCAAGCGGCAAAAGUUGGAAGAGGAAGGUUCAGACUCACAACAGAAGAAAAAAGGGACUCAUCACAUUAACCGGUGGAGAAUCGCCACCAAACAAGCCAGCCCAGAGGAAAUCGACGUCACGUCGGACGAUUAAAAAAACUGGCACUUUUGGACUUUUCCAAGCCAGCACCCCACGAACCGAAAGUGUUAAAGGCUCACCCCCCCCCCCCACACGCAGCCGGCCCCGCGGCGUGGCGGUGCGGGGAAGGACGCGGAGAUCUUCAUCACAGCGAUCUUCAUCACAGCCCGGGAGGGAGCUGGGAGCGAGCGAGGGCAGCCAGCGAGGGCUCCGGACUGUGGCACUGCCGGCACCGCUCUGCCCAAGGGGAUCUGUCAAUCCGAGCCAAAACACCGGGACGAGGUGAUUGACAGGUAUUCCGUUUAUCGCAGUCCACUUUUAAAAGCGUAACGUAAAAAACAAACAAAAAAAAAUUAAAAAAAGUAUAUAGAAAAAAAAAUCUUAAAAAAGGAAAGAAAAAAAAAAAAUAGAAGCAAAAAAACAAAGAAAAAAAAAAAAAAGCCCCCCCAACCAAACCAGAAAAAUUAACACCUUACGGGACAUUUUGCACUUCACGGUUUUUUUCCGUCUUUGAAAGAGAAAUUUCCAUAAGCAGCCAAAACCCACACCUGUUUCAGAAACUUGAAUUGCAUGUGUAAAGCCGUCUGGGGAAAAAAAAAAAAAAAAGAAAAAACCGGGAAAAAAUUACUCCGGUUCCUAAAGACAGAAAUGAAUUGUAAUUUUUUUUCCCUUUAAGACAGGUUCUGUGUGCUUUUUAAUUUUAUUUUACGAGAAAUGUGCAGUCUGUAAACAUUUUAUAAUAACUUCUGGCGUCAAAGUGUUUGUGAAAGCUAAAUGAAGUAGCAGUAACAAAGCAUAGUGUUCCUUCCGGAUGGACAAACACGGUGGGGA